UUUGUCAUUAUCAACAACAUUCAGGCGCCGAGAGAGAACAGUUAAAGGAGAAAGUGAAGAAUUCAAAGUUCUUGGUGAACUUAUUUAGGGUUUUUGUGUGUGGGGGUGUGUGUUUAGUUAAUGAGUAGUAGCUUGAUGGAGAAGGUAACGAGUGGUUUAGUGCUUGUUGAUUUAAGCAAGCGUAACCUCCGCAAAACCCUAGAAUCUCUGCAAGAUGGUGCUCAUUCGGUUCUUCUGCUUACGAUUCAAUGGAAAGAGAUCGAGUCCUAUUUCGAUUCCACGAGAAGCGUCCUCGAGGAGCGAGCCAAAGAGCUAGACUUGCUUCAGGAAUCGAUAAAGGUCCGAGCUCUGGAACUGGAGACAAAGGAGAAGGAGCUCUGUUCGAAACAGAGCGAUUUCGAGAAGAAGGAGAAGGAGUUAGAUUUGGAAAAGAAGGCUGAGGUUGAGAAGAAGAAGGGAGAAGUUGAACAGUUGGAGAAGUUUACGACGAGAAUGGAAUCGGUGGAGAGGUUUUCUGAUGAGAAGUUGAUGGAACUCGAUCUGAGAGCUAAAGAGCUUGAAUUGAAGGUGAAGCAAGUGAAGGAACAGACAGAACAGAGUAUGGCCAGAGAUAAGUUGAGAGGUGAGUUUGAGCCAUUGGUUUCGUUGUUGGCUAAGAACAUGGGCUCAAGUGUGACCAUGCCCACAAAGUGUUCGGCUUUAUACCUCAAUGACGAUGCGGAUGAUUUGGUUAAGAAAAACACAUCCUUGGCGAGAAUGGUUCCGUAUUUGGAUCCGGCCAAGUUUGUUUUGGAUGCUAUAGAAGGGACUUUUAAGGAAUACUUGAAUAAAGAUUUAGGAGAAGCUGGUGAUAGAUUUGAUAGUGUAGUUAAGAGUUGCAUUGGUCUGUUAGAUACGUUGAUAAAGAUGAAUCUGAAAGUGACAACGAAGGUGAAAGAGGAAGCGACUCAACUUGGGGUUGCCUGGAUUGCCAAGUCUAAAACCAAUCAGAACAAUAACUCGCUGAUUUUAGGUUGCUUGUUGUUUCUGGCUGCUUAUAGUUUGGCCUCUCUGACUACUCAUGAGGUGCUCUUAACACUUUUAGAGCGGUUCCUUUCGUAUGAUCUAGCCCCGAAACUGUUUCGGCUUAUGGGGUUAGAAAAUAAAGUUUCUGGUGCGGUUGAAACUCUAAAGAAAAAGGACGAUUAUCUCGCAACACUGAAAUUUAUCUGUGAAUUCCGGUUACACAAGCUUUGUCCAGAAGGACGACCAGGAGAACUUUUGCUUGACUUCUUGAUUUCCUCAGAUAAAGCUGCCCGAAUGAUUGCUGGGAAUGGAAAUUCAGUGGAGGCGCAGAAAGCAAGGAGGGAGAAGAAAAGAGCUGAUGCAGUCAUGGCCCUUAAGUACAUCAAAGAGGUCAAAGCCGAGUCUAUGUUUCCUACUAAAAUCCUUAACAAGCUUGUUGUACUGAAGAAUGAUGAAUCAGUUCAGAAAGCAACGGAACCAGUUCACAAAAGUUAUGAAAAAAGACAGAAUAUAACCAAAGCUGUAGGGAAUUCUGAUGCUCACUCGAUUAUUCCGUAUGAGCAUAACAAUGAAGCUAAACGUCAAAGAUUAACUGAACCAAUAGCUCCUUCUCAAAAUUCAACAGUGAAGCAGGUCGAGGUUGUGUCCAUUCCUUCUGGGAAUCAGAUUAAAGAACCCGGAGUAAAUCAUCAGCCAGACACCAUAGCAACUCACCCGUCAAGUACUGAAACCAAGCCCAACAUCCUCCCUGCUUUCACUAAAGCAGACAUGUUAAGGGAGCUAGUAAAAAAGCAACCUCCAAAGGAGAAUGAGGAUCUCUCCAAUGCUCUCAAAUGCACACCAGAUCCAGCUAAGCUUUUUCUUGACACAUCCAUGGCUCUGUGUCCAACAAACGCAGAAGGGGGAUACGAGUUCAAGCUGCUGGUUACUUCAGCUAGCUGCUCCUUAUUGUUGAAUCAGCUGAAGAAGCUCCUGCCUCAAAUUGGACAUCCUGUGAAAGGCGAUGCGAAAAAACUUGCCGUUCACUGGAAAGAUAAGAUUUUGAAGAGCAAAAUGGAUGAAUUGGAAGUCAUUUGUUUCCUACAGUUUCUGGGUAUCUUUGGAAUUGUGUCAGAGUUCAAGGCUGAUGACCUUUUAGGCCUACUAGACAAUUCUUAUUGGAAAACUGUAUCUCCUGAUCUUUGCCAGUUUCUCGGGUUGGACAACGCCAUUCCAGGUUUCAUUCAAAAUCUCUUAAAAAGCGGGCAUCGUAUCAAGGCAAUCGACUACAUAUACUCAUUUGGUAUGGUCCAUAGAUUCCAACCUGUUUCCGCUAUUAUAAACGACGCCUUGAGGAUAACAAAGGAGUCUGCAGAGAAGUCGUAUAAAGACGCCAAGAACGAAUCUGCAACGCAGGUUGCAGCCAUAGACAGACAGAUCAGAACACUUAGAGCAGCCAUUAAAUGCAUAUCGUGUCACAAACUCGAAUCAGAGUUCAAACGGGAGAACCUCGAGGAACAAAUCAAGUCGCUUCUGAAGCUUAGAAGAAACACAUCUAAUGGAUCUGUAUCCGAAUCCGCAUCCAAACCCAAUCCGACAAUCCAACAAUCCCAGACAGAAAGACCACAAAAUGUAGCAGAGGUUGCUUCUGUCACUAGCAACACACCAAUGGAACCUUCAAGGGAAGCUGCUUCCUCCUCCGUGAGCAAACCGUCUUCGAAGAGGAAGAAUAAGAGAGCAGGCAAAAAACGCAGCCUGUCAGGAAACAAUCAGAACUCAGGACACGUUGCUUCGCACAGAAGCAAUCACUUUCCCAGACAUGACUAUUCCUUGAAUCAAAGACAAACUUGGCCGGUCGACAACUACGACAGAGGAGGCUUCACCGGAAUUCCUAACUCCGACUACAAUUAUAACGAGUGGAGACAUCCAGAGGGACCCCCAGUUUACAAAGUUUAUCAACCUUUCAAUCCUUUCUACAGGAACUUCUAGCCACUGCUUGCUUUUAAGUUUUAAAGGUUCUUGGAGGAUUUAAGUCUCACAUAAUAAUGGUAUAUAUAUCUUUUAAACGUU